GAUAAACAGUUUUGAAACUGGGUGUAUAUAAAUUGCGGGUAGGCCUAUAAUCAAAAUAGGGGUCGGUAUCUCUGAAGUGAACUUUAUCUAACAUGCAGUUACGCUCCCAUACACAUUAAAGCGCAUCGAUCUCGUUGUGUGCCUUAUACCUUCCUGCUCAUUCAUUUCCGUCUGGAAAAUCGGGGAUGGCGCACAUUCAAACGGUGGCUUUGGUAGGGGCAAGGUGGCUUGCAAACACCGUCAAAAGUAACGGGGUCGGACCCGGUCUUCGCAUCUUGGAUGUCUCUUGGUAUAUGCAGAAAUUAAAACGCGACGCAAAGAGGGAGUUUAAACUUAAACAUGUACCAGGGGCUGCUUUCUUCGACAUAGACAGAUGCAGCGACCAAACCUCUCCUUUCGAUCACAUGCUGCCCAGUGAAAGCCAAUUUGCGGAUUAUGUUGGAAGCUUGGGGGUCGGGAACAAAACGCACGUCGUGGUUUAUGACACCAGCGACUGGGGCUGCUUUUCUGCCCCGCGGGUUUGGUGGAUGUUCCGGCUCUUUGGGCACGGUUCGGUGUCCGUGCUGGACGGUGGGCUGAAGCGCUGGCUCCAAGAAGGACACCCUGUCACCAGCGGAUACCGCAAGCCCGAGCCCGUCGACUUCCAAGCCAGGAUGAACCGCUCCUGGGUGAAGACGUACGAGGACGUCUUGGACAAUUUGGACCGCAAGGUGUUCCAAUUAGUGGACGCUAGACCGUGCGGCCGGUUUCGUGGGAUCGACCCAGAACCCAUGGACAACACUGAGCCCGGCCAUAUUCCUGGCUCUAUCAGCAUGCCAUUCUCCUCCUUCCUGGAUCCUUCCGGUCGUCUGCGUCCCACCAAGGAGCUGACGGCGCUCUUCCGGUACGCCGGGGUGGACCUGACGCGACCCGUCUGUGCAUCCGGAGGCUCAGCGAUAACCGCCUGUCACGUCGCACUGGCUACCUACCUGUGCGGCCACCAGGGGGCGUCGGUGUAUGACGGCGGCUGGUCCGAGUGGUACGCCAGGGCCCCGCCGGAGUACGUCAUCUCCGAGGGGAGGGGAAAACACAUUUUCCGGGGACUGCGGGGUGAGGGGCUGGGGAUGACAGGCUAACAGAUACACAGCAUGUAAACACUCAAUGGGUGAAGUUCUUCUAUUCUAUGUACAUGAUUUUAGAGUAUCCAGCAGUUUAAAGGUUGCUGAGGUGUCAGAAAGCCUUUGUUAGUAAUACCUCUGUGUUUCAUUACUGAGUAGAUCACUGAUAACAAGAGUCCACGCACCGGAGGCUAAGUUCUGCUAGAGGAUGUCUGUGAAGUUCACUGCACACUGCAUUUCUAACUAAUAAUAAAGGUUUGCAAGAACUAAGAUAUUUAACAUUGAAGAACAGAAGAAUAUGUUAUAACAGGGUCUUCGAUCAAUAUUAUUAGAUAAAUGGGUUUUUUUCUGGAAGCAACAUGCUCAGGAGAGGAAUUUUAUCUGAUGGGACACAUGGCGCCUCAGGCUGAGACCAAGGUGUGUAUUGGCAGUGUUUGGAAUCACUAUCUCUGGAGUGGGGGGGGAGGGGUUGUCUGUCUCCAGUACAAAACCAACGAAACAGCAGCGGAUCUCGAUGCUUUUUUUCAAGAGGCAGUUGUGUCCUGUAAGAUAGGGGUUCGCAACCUUUUGAUGUCUGCAGACUGGUUUGUGUCAUACAGAAAUUUCAGUCGACAGUUUCAUGUUUAACUAUUCAUUUGUGAACUAAACACAGUGGCGUCAGGGGGACGUUAAAAAAUACAUAGUUCAUUUUUGGAAAUUAUCCAACGCCUCCACAACACCCCCAGAGUUCCUCGGUCUGGGGGUCGGGAGCCCCUGUCUGUUGGUGUUUCAAUGCAUCGCUAAGCCUACAGAGAUACAGAUGUUCAUGAACGGAUGUACUGGCGAUGAGCCGUUUGAGCCAUUCCUUUACCUAAUCAAAAGUAUGGAAGGUGUUUUAUGUUGGAAGUUGAUGCUGCCAAAGUGUAAGAAAUGAACGCAGUAAAUAAUCUGGUCAUACGAGUAUAAACGAGAGAUAUGGACAACGGUGCCAGAUGAACCACACAAACAGCCACUGCUGACAUAAAAAUCGAUUCUACCACGUUUCCCCUUGUGCUUUGAAUCCCCUUUUAUAUUAAUUUACUUGGCUCACGUUUUAUUUAUGGACGGUGCUCCGGCAGUGAGGUUCGACUCCCGGGCCCUGGUGGUGUCGGCCUGCAGGCAGCUUAUCUGUGCGCUCACGCCUUGUUAUCGGACUCUGCGGGUCCAGCCCAUUGACUGGCUGAAGAGAUACUGCAUCUUACUGGAAUGAGCCCUCUCCAGUAUAGGACUCCCAAAUCUAUCCUAAACACACGCAGGAAUGAAGGGCAGUACCUCUGUUUCUCAUGGCCUUUGACCUUUAAGCCAAUGCUUGAACAAACACCCAACAAAUUUCAUGGCACAAUGGAGUUUUAGUUUCACACCAACGAGGCGUUCUCAGAUGCUCCGCUCUUGUACUUUUGCAUACCUGAAUGCAUUUGGUCAUGGCUCUCAAAUGUCACAAGUGUCCGUUGAAGAUGGACAUCUGGUAUUGUUGGUCAGAAGCAAAAGUCCUUCAGUUUUCCUUGAAUUAAAUUUCCUUUUAUUUUUGUUCUAGAUUUGGAUUAUAUUGGACUUUUUACGUCGUAAUGUAGGGUUUAAAUAAAUGGACUUUUUUUGCAAUCACAUGAAACAAAAACAGUGUCCAUUUCUCUUGACUGUAGUAACUGUUUUGACUACUUUAUUUGUUCAGAUCAGUUCUGAUCUUCAUUCCUUCUGAGAUUGACUAUAAAAUAAUUAAAUCCCUGUAAUACUGAGA